GCGUUUCAUUGCCUGCUUAAUCAUUCAGAUUUACCAGAGAAAUUAUUUGGAGCGUUUCGAAACGUCGCACGUUUACUAGAAAUACAAGUGAAAAUUUUCAGUAAUUCAACGCAAUAAAGACAUAAUUGCGAACGGUUUUUAUUUUCAGCUGUGGUUGCUUUUUAUUAUCGUAUGUCCAUCCAGAAUUUAAAUACAUUUGACCCCUUUGCUGAUGCAAUCAAGGGUGCUGAUGAUGAUGUUCAAGACGGUCUUGUACACAUAAGAAUUCAGCAGAGAAAUGGUCGAAAGACAUUAACAACUGUGCAAGGAUUAUCUUCGGAAUAUGAUUUAAAGAAAAUUGUUCGGUCAUGUAAAAAGGAGUUCGCCUGCAAUGGCACAGUAAUUGAACACCCCGAAUACGGAGAGGUACUACAGCUCCAGGGCGACCAACGUGAAAACAUCUGCCAAUGGUUGACAAAAGCUGGCCUAGCGAAACCUGAUCAGUUGAAAGUUCACGGAUUUUAAGUCAAACGACGAAAAUCAGCAAUUUAAAUCAUCCAACAAAGUCAACAAGCAAUUAACAGAAAGUGAGAGCAACAAACAAGUAGAAGAAUUGUCGAGUCAUUUGUCAUCAAAACAGUAAUAAGAAUAGUUAUAAUUGUGUUUGUUCAGUGCAAAAAUACUUAUAAGUGUCUUUUAUUACAAUUAUAACUGAUUGUGUUUUAAACAUCCAGACACCUGGGACAUCUUUUGGUUGAAAAUAAUAAUUUCACCGCAUAAAAACGAACAACUAUAUGAAACGGUUAUCUGCUAAAAUACAACUCGUAAAAAAUAUUCCCCUUUUUUACAUGCUAAUGCCUAUGGAAUAACAGAAUGAUUAGUUAAUUAAAUUCACUCUACUUCCAACCUACAUAGUUAUUUUCCCCACAAAACAUAUUUUUUAAUUAAUUAAAAAUACCAAUAAUAAAAUGUUGAAAUUAGAAUAUAACAGCAAAUCUAAUGUAUGUAGUCAAAAUAACGCUGGUAGUCUAAUUUGGAAAAUAAAUUGGCGAAGGGGGAAACGAAUACUCCUUUAUCAACAGCAAUGCACUCAUUACAGAAUUAAGGAAGAAGACUAUUAUUAAUUUUGCAAAUACAUAAUUAACAUGAAGAAUUGAAUAAAUAAUUUAAAACAA